UUUCAGAAAAGAAAUAAAAUAAGUAAUUGUGAUUAGUCAAUAGAAGGAAAAUAUUGUGAAAUAGAUAAUGGAGGAACUUUUGAACGAGGUUAUUCCACAGGAUGAACUUGAGAAAUUUGAGAAAAAAUAUGCCCACGAACUUGAACUUGAUGGAGAAGUUUCGACAGAAACUAAAUUCGAGUAUGGGCUCUGCUUAGUUCGCAGUAGAUAUACCAACGAUAUCAGAAAGGGCAUUAUGAUAUUGGAAGAUUUAGCCCGUAUACAUCCGGAUGGGAGACGGGACUAUAUUUACUAUUUAGCUUUUGGUAAUGCCCGUAUAAAAAAUUAUUCAGAAGGGCUAAAAUACUGUAGAGCUUUUUUGGAAAUCGAAUCAAAUGAUCAAGUCCGUUCUUUAGAGGAAUAUAUUAAAAAACAAAACGACAAAGAUAUGGCUAAAGGCAUGGCAGUGGCAGGUGGAGCGGCUUUAGUAUUGGGUGGAAUUCUCGGACUCGGAAUAGCUCUAGCGAAAAAUAAACAAAAACGCAAUAAAUAAAUGCAGGAUUUUUGCUACAAUUGUAUCUAACUGAUAUUUGCAUUAAAUUCACUUCAUGGAAUCACCCCCAAACAAUAAGAAAUAAUUCAUACAUACAUGUAUGUAUACCUGCAAAUAGUAACAUUUAUAUAUAAAAUGUGUAAUUUAGAGAUCAUCGAGAUGUACCCGCUGAAUAUGAUAAUUGUUGCACACACAUAAAUGGAAACACUUAUCAUAGAUAAUAUACAAGUUGUAUAUGUUAUAUAAAUAUGUAAGUGUGAACUAAUUCACCUAUUUUUAUAAGUAAAUAGUUAUUCCUUUGUUAUGUUUGUGAUUAUAUAUUAUAUUACACCUAUUUUUUUUAUUAUCUUGAGUCUAAUAAUUUCUAAAUAUAACUGUUGUAACAUGAGUUUUAAAUAAAUUAAAGAUUCUAAAAUUAAAAAAAAAAA